AUUCUGUUUGUUUUCUUCACAUUUCAUUUCUCUGCUGCUCAGCACAACGGUUCCCAGUUUCGCCGACUUCGCUCUUCUGCAUCUCUGAAUUUUUCAGGUUUUGAACACUUGUUCCUCUUGAUUAUGCUUGUGUGGUCAAAAUAGCGGCGUGUUGUUUUGCUGGAGAAAGUCAAUUAAUCUAUCAACCAUGAUGGCUGAUGAGGUUACUGCACAAGCAUGUCAUGAUGGUGAGAGGGUCGAAGCUCAAGCAAUGCAUGGAUACCAAUCGGUAUGGAUGGCUCAUUGGAUGCAAGCAAGUUAUAAGUCAGCUACCCCUGCUUGUAAUCGUUUAAGGGUUGAUUGUGAGCUUAAAGAAGUCAAAGAAGAUAGUGGUGCUGAGCAGCAUGAUUUGCUUGGGGGAUCGGAGGUUGCAAUAGACAGUUCUAUGCAUGCUGGAGUAUUUGGAGAAGCAGCUAGGGCCACAAUGGCCACCUUUAGCAGUGAGGCAGACACUGGAAAAUCAAAGAAAGCAAGCUUUGAUUCCAAAUCUUUUCCUAUAUUCAAUCUUUCUGGAAAGUUAGAUGGAAGAUUGCCCCUGCAGAGGGAACAGAAUGGUGUGUGCCGUGUGGAAGAUGGAAAAUUAGAAAGUGAAGCCUACUCAGGAAACGACAAUGUUUCACCCAACAUAGCUGAGACUCCCAGAGCUGGCUUACCAUCAUCAUCUUCAGAUGCUCCUCCUAAAACAGAAACUUUAGUAGGAGAAUGUCAAGCAUUGACUCAAGAAGUUUUGCCAACGGCUGUCCUGAUGAAAUCUCCGUGGGAUGUUGAACAAAAGAAGCUAGAUGUUUCUACAUCAUUGUGGAAUGACUUUGUAAAAUCGGCUUCUGAAAUAGUGCCAAAUGGACAUGACAAAGGAAAAACUGUGAUGCCCCAUUUCCCACGUGAACCAUGUGAGAUAUAUCAAUCGAGCUAUAAUUUAGCAUCCCAAGAGCGUUUCACAAGUACUAAAUAUCAUAGCUAUUCUUCUCUUUUAAUCCGUGAGAAGAAUAUGAGUAAUUUGUUAGACCCCCAAAGAUCUUCCUUUUCAAGAUGGAUGGAAGCCGGUAUUGCUCAUUUACCACCUGAUCGUUUACCUGGUAUUGAUGAACGAUUAUAUUUGGUUCGUGGUCAGCACCAUGAGAUUGAAAAUUACGCUUGUAAUCCAAACAUUACUAACCAGACUGCAUCCUUGGAGUCAACUAAACCACAAAACUUUAAUGGAGUAAGCUCUGUUGUAGCACAAGUGCCAUGUUCUGUUCAUGAUGUGGAGACUAUGAAGAUAUACAACACAGAAGAAUCGUCCAGAGGUCGUCCCAAAAUUUCCCAGACAACUCACCAUUUUCUGGUGUCCAAAAAAACUGAUGUUAACUUAUCUGACAGAGGUCAGUUCUCUAGAGAGUCAAUAGUACCUACCAAAAACAUCGGAAAUGCUUUCAAUGAGAUCCUUGAUUUCUCUCCGUCCGCAAGUGACCGUGCUCCAGAAGGUCUGAGGCUGGAAGCUGUAGGGAACUCCAUAAAAAGUGAAGGAAAAGAAAAUGUUCAAGAUUUCAAAUGUCCAACAAACCUGAAGAAUGAAUCAUCUGCUGAAACAGAUACUAUGGACAUUGAUGCCUUACAUAAGAAUAGUCUUCCCGGUGAUGUUCCAUUACAAACAAAUAAGUGCUCCAAGGAUAGUCAAAACUCGCUCAGGUCUCAGGCUGCAAUAACUUCUGCUAGAGAGAAAGCCAUAGCAAAAUCAGUAAAUUCAGCACUACUUGAUAUAAACCAAGAGCCUCAUGAGCUGCUCACUCUGGAAAGUCCAGUGGUUGACAGGGAGACUAGCACAUCCAGAACCCACAGCCUUGAUUUGGAUCACCUUUCUCAUGCAGAGGAGCAUUCAAGGUCAAAUUCUAAUAGUUCUUUGGGACCGGAUCCAAGUAGCAGAUGGGUCAAACGACUCAAGCUAUCCCCAUUGGGCUCUACUAAUGGUACUGAUAGUACGAAAAUAGGAGAAAGUUCUUCGAACGAAAAAGCUAGUACUACUUUCAGCAACAUUAUAAAAGAUAGCAAAACUAGUUUGGAACCCAAAAUAGUAUGUCAUGUUGAAGGACAGAUGGUAUCAUAUCUACCUACAACAGUAUCAACAAAUAGCAAGUCCUCUUUUACUGAAGCAAAGAAAACUGUAGAAAUUACACUUUCACAUCCCUGGAUUCAGAGAUGGAGUCAUAAUCGUGCCGCAUCUUCCCAAAAGAGGCAUGAAUUGGCAGAGCUUCAUGAACCAAAGUCUUCAAACACUCAGCUAGAAGAGUUUCAAAAGAAGCAGUUUCCAAGCAUUGCUGCUAUGGCCCUCAUGGGAAAGGCAUUGAACAGUUUGAGUCCCUCUGAGCUUACGAAAAAGGGAUCCAUAAUAGUUUGGAAUGCAAAGGGACUUUGAAAUUGUUGGUCAUUGGUGGUAUGGAUUUAUAAUGGAGUUUAUAGUGGGUGAUUCACAGAAUUAAUCGGAGAGGAAUACAUGGGAUAUGACUGCUUACUCAUGUACUUGAAGUCGUAUGGAAAAUUGAAAUAUGUAUGACACAGUCACGUUGAAUAUGUUGCUUAUCUUACUAUCUCAUAUUUGGAUUAAUCGAAGCCAAUAUAAGCAGUGCAUGCAUAUGAAGAUAUUAUGUAUGGGAGCAUGCAUCUUUUUUGGUAGGUAAUGUAUAUACUUAAGAAAUAACAUGUUUUAUCCAGUGUGGGAGAAAUGGAGAAAUGUCUCCAGAGGGCUUGAAUCCUGUCUUAUCACCGGAGUGAAAUCGCUGACUUUAGCUUAUAUUGACAGUGUUAACUGUAAGGUUUGAUAGAAUAUCAUGUUGAAGUUGUUUCAUAUACUACUUUGCACCUUCCAGGUUGAAUUU